GCCCUCCCUCAACAACUGCAAUAAGGUUCGUACCUGGCAUGCACGUGAUUGCGUACCCAGCUGGCCCCCCAUUUCCUUGCAGCAACGACGAACGAAGUAUACUUGAACAGUCAGGCCGAUCCAAUCCUACGAUUCCGAAUAUCAACGAGAACGACGAUUGAGAAUCGCAAUGUCGCUCCUCAAAGACCUCCCGACAGUAACGGCGUCCCAAUCCUACACCUCCGACCAAUCCGCCCUCCUCGCAUCCCUCGACCUCAAACGCCGUGCGGCACGAGUCGCCGCACCAACAGAUGACGCAAAAGUCCGCCACAUGCUCCGUAACCUCGGAGAGCCAAUCACUCUCUUUGCUGAAGGUCCCGCCGAGCGAAGAGAUCGGUUAAAGUUGGUGCUUGCGAAAAAGGAGGAGGAGGACAGUGAUUUCGACAUGGAUGCGGAAGAGGAGGAGGGCGAGGGCGAGGAACAGGAGGAGUUCUAUACACCUGGUUCGGAGGAGCUACUUUCUGCGCGGAGAAAAAUGGCCGAGUAUUCAUUACCAAGAGCGAAAGCCCGUCUACGCAUCGAAUCCCACGACGCGAAAAUAUCGUUACCGAAUCAUAUCAAUCAACGGAAAGCACUACGGAAAGUCUUGGUACAGACAGCGGCGAUGGGAGCGCAGUUGACGGGUGAUAGACCGACGGGUAUCGCGCGGUUCAGUCCGGACGGAAGGAGGUUCGCGACAGGUGAUUGGGGAGGCGGUGUCAAGGUGUGGAGAGUGGGUGAUAUGGAAUGUGAGAGUGCAAAGUAUGGAGGGCAUAGGGAUAGGGUCGGUGGGUUAUCCUGGAAUCCUGAUACCACCUCGAUUCUGGAAUUAGCGACCGGUGGGGGCGACGGAGAAUUGGCGUUAUGGAGCACAAACAACGACAAACCGGAACCACUGCAUCUCUUGAAAGACAUCCACACCCACCGCGUUAACCGCGUCGCAUUCCACCCCUCCGGGCAAUACCUCGCCUCCGCCUCCGCCGACACAACCUGGUCCCUCAUCGACCUGCCAACCCUCACCCCCCUCCUCCACCAAUCAGGGCACUCCCGCGCCGUCUACGCACUCGCCCCCCACCCUGACGGCUCACUCCUCGCGACAGGAGGUCAAGACGCCAUUGGCCGCGCAUGGGAUCUGAGAACGGGACGAACGAUCAUGGUGUUAGAUGGGCAUGUGGGGGAUGUCCUUGGACUGGAUUGGGCGGAGGAUGGGUAUAGAGUUUUGAGUGCGGCUGGAGAUGGAAGUGUGAAGGUGUGGGAUUUGAGGGCGGUUAGGUGUGUUGCGACCAUCCCUGCCCAUAAAGGGUUGGCGAGUGAUGUCAGGUGGUGUAAGGGUGGGGAUAUCACUGCACCCCCAAAAUCACAGCCUGCUGCGGCAGAUCCGGACGCGAUGGAUGUGAGUCAGGAUGCGGAGGAUGAACUACCCGCUGAUCGACCAAGUGGGCGGAGUACGUGGUUCGCGACGAGUGGGUAUGACGCGAGCGUGAAUUUGUGGUCGGCGGAUGAUUGGACGCUCGUGAAGACUUUGAAGGGACAUGAUGGGAAGGUGAUGAGUUGUGAUGUUAGUCCUGGGGGUGAGCAUAUUCUUAGUAGUGGGUGGGAAAGGGUUGUUAGGAUGUGGGGGCGGGAUUGAACAUGACAAUUGCAAGCCUAGAUUUUCGUGGGGAGUGGCCAGAAUUAUGUUUAGACGUGACAUUAGGUAUGGAGGAAAACACUUCUUCAGUAGCGGGUGAUCAGUACUAAGCACUCGAAACUUUGUAGCACGAGA